CGUCGAUGUCAUAUCAUGGCGACCUAAAUGUCUGUGUGUAGUAAUUCUUGCUCGCAGGUGCCUGCUGAGGUUGGUGAUUGUUUUGUAAAACGUUUUUGCAGGGUUACAUUUUAAUUUAACUAUAAAUUUAAGUAUAAAUAUGCCGGAGACGAGCCAGAAUGUCUCGAUGAUCACGUGCACGGCGCCAGUAAACAUUGCUGUUAUUAAGUACUGGGGUAAACGGGAUGAAGAGCUGAUUCUGCCCAUUAAUUCCUCACUCAGUGUCACUCUGCAUCAGGACCAGCUUAAAACGACCACCACAGUCGCGUGCAGCAGAAAUUUUCAGGAGGACCGGAUCUGGCUGAAUGGCAAAGAAGAGGACAUCAACCAGCCGAGACUGCAGUCAUGUCUUCGCGAGAUCCGAAGGUUAGCACGGAAAAGACGGAAUGACGAAGACCCUAAUGCCGAGGUCACGCUUUCUCAUCGGGUGCAUAUCUGCUCUGUGAAUAACUUCCCGACAGCAGCUGGGCUGGCGUCCUCUGCAGCUGGAUAUGCCUGCCUGGUGUACUCGCUGUCCCGUUUGUUCGGCGUGGACGCAGACCUGUCGGUGGUGGCACGCCAGGGUUCGGGCAGCGCCUGCAGAAGUAUGUAUGGGGGCUUUGUGCAGUGGAAGAUGGGCGAAAGACAGGACGGGAAAGACAGCGUGGCCGAGCAGGUGGCACCGGAGACACACUGGCCGGAGCUCCGGGUUCUCGUCCUAGUAGUCAGUGCAGAGCGGAAGCCUCUUGGAAGCACUUCAGGCAUGCAGACGAGCGUGCAGACGAGCAAACUGCUGAAGCACCGUGCAGACAGCGUGGUCCCCGCUCGGAUGGACGACAUGAUCAGGGCCAUUCACGGGCAAGACUUCGCCACGUUCGCUGAACUCACCAUGAAAGAUAGCAACCAGUUUCACGCCACCUGCCUGGACACCUUCCCACCCAUAUUCUACCUCAACGACACUUCCCGCAAAGUCAUCAACCUGGUGCAUCGCUACAAUCAACACUACCGAGAGACCAGAGUGGCGUACACUUUUGAUGCAGGCCCUAAUGCGGUGAUCUACCUCCUGCAAGACAACGUGCCUGAAUUUGUCCAGGCUGUUCGGCAUUUCUUCCCUCCGGAAUCCAACGGCGGAGAGUUUGUAAAAGGACAUCCUGUGCCCUCCGCCUCGCUGUCUGAUGAGCUGAUAAGAGACAUCGGCAUGGAACCAACGCCAAGAGGCAUCAGCUACAUCAUCAGCACUAAGGUUGGCCCCGGUCCUUGUGCAGUGGACGAUCCAACGCUUCACCUGUUAGGUGCAGAUGGACUUCCCAAGAAAUCUACCUGAGUGUUAAUGGACUCAGUGCAGAAUAUCGAACUUCCUCAGAAUAAAAAAAGCAAUGAAGAUAUAACUGAUUUAAACCAAGAGUUAUUAUUAUUAUUAUUAUUAUUAUUAUUAUUACUGAACACUUUUGUGUCCAGAUUUUGUACCAUCUUGUGUAUUGACUUCUAUUUACAUUCAUUUUUGUGUAGAUUUCUUAAGUAUAUUUUUCUAGUUUUGAAAAAUUGCUAUUUGAAAAUACAUUUAUUGAUGGCAUGAGUGUCUCUGUCCUUUUUUAUGACCAGUUGAUUUUUUUAUUUUUUUUUUUGUGCCUGAUUUCUUUGUCAAAGCAUCUGCACUGGUUACUCCAAUCUGAUAAUCUGCUAAUAAAAAUUCUAAUAAGGAUGGAUGGAUGGAUGGAUAUAUAGAUAAAAAUAGACAGACAGACAGACUGAUGGGUAAUUGGUUAACUGGCUGAUUAGAUAGAUAGAUAGAUAGAUAGAUAGAUAGAUAGAUAGAUAGAUAGAUAGA